AUGUCAGACAGCGGUCACGACAAAUCACUACGCUCGCAAGCCAUUGCCGAAUCAAUUUUAAAUCAUCUGUUUCUUCCACUUUAUCUGCCGUCUUCUGCGAAUGAUGAUUAUUUAAUUCAACACGAUCAUCGAAAUGAAUACAAGUUACUGGAAUGUAUAACAGAAUUCCUCAAGUCAUUAGAAAAAAAAUUGGCUUUACCGACUUUUUCGACUCUGAUUAAUUGCAUUGAACGUUGGUCUGUCAUACAGAAUCCUAAAAACUGCUCUGUAUCGAAUUUACAAUUGACCAUUGAACAACUAGCACCAGGGGAUUUUCUUUCGCUCUAUUUUCAUGCUCAAAAUGCUGCAGUUUUGAUUGAAAUUGAUGAAAAUUCCCUCAAUCAACCAUUGGUCUCAUCGUGGCAAGUUUUAUUACCAAUACAAACAGUAACCUCGUCUCUAGAACCUCAUAUUUCCUGCUUUCCUGUGCCAAUAUUUCGAUUGUCCAAUAGAACUCAGUUGAGCUCUCGAGUCCAUUGUGAAUUGCUGGUGGAUUUUAUGAAAAAUACAAUUGAAUAUUCAAAAUCUUUCAAAUCAUCUUGCUCAUUCAAUGAAAUACGUGACGUACCAGUAGCACAUUACGUGUGCGAGUGGUGGAUCAUGCAGCUUCAAGGAAUAAAAAUUGAAAACAAUUCCAAUCCUUGCUAUCAAUUUAAGAAAAAACAUCGUGAUCAUAUCCGAUGGAAUAGUGCCCAGUUGCCUUUUCGACGUUCCGGUUUAUGGAUGACCAUCAAGGUAGUUCUUCAUACGAUUUUAAACAAACGUUUGGGAAACAUUGGUCACAUCGUUUAUAAAUUGUUGAUCACUUCUUUUCUGACACAUAUCAUUUUCACGCAACACAAUCCAACCGAUUUAUUGAUGCAUUGCAUUCGAAAAAUUGUACGACGAUUGAAUAAAAUUGAAGUCUUACUGUCAUCUACAAAUUCGAACGAUAUGAACGAAUGGAUUCGAUACAUCAAAGAAGAAAUAAAAUUAAAGAUUGAUCGUAUUUUUCCAAAGUCUGAUUUUUCAAAAUCCAUUGAAAUGAAUGAAAAAACGAACAAAUCAUGGUCAAUAUUUCGCAGGCAACUCGAUCAUAUUCAGGUCUAUCAGCACUCAUGUACAGAAUUAAAAGCUUAUCUGAAUACCCAUCGUUCGAAUGAACCAUACAACAUGUUCUCAUGCGCCAGUAACAGUAAUGAUUCAACACUUUCGAACGUGAAUCAAGUCGAUUACAUACCGUCCAUAGAAGUUUUAACGAACAAAUGCAAUUAUUCGAUUGGAAUAUCCUUAACUCGUGUAGAAAUCUGGGUAGGAUCUUGCUUAAAACAAUGGAUCAAUGGCCCGUCAUCAUCUAACAUUCAGGAAAAUCGUUUCGAUAUUUUAUUACAUUUCUUCGAGAAUUAUCAGAGUGUUGCGCUGAAUCACUAUUGUCCGAAUGCAAAUUCUACAGAUUCCAUUGGUUACAGUCGUUUUAUUCUAACAUCGUUAACCAUCAUUUAUUUCAUGCAUAAAAAAUUAUGUCAUGAUGAAAGAUUUGAACGACUGAAAUUCCAUACUAUUGAUAUUCCCAAUCUACUAAACCUAUUUGAAUAUUUAAUUUUACCAAAUCGAGAAGAUAUGAUUCGAGCUCGUGGUCUCUAUGAUUAUUUUAGUCAAUACAAACAAAAACCAUAUCCCGAUCUUUUCAAAGAUAUAGAAUCAGGAAAUGCGUUCGGCGUUGAUUUUGCCGCGCGUUCAGCGUCGAUGAGUGACAGUCUACGAAAAAUUCGAGCUCAGUCUGAACGAGACAAGCAAGACAAGAUACAGGAAGUGAACAAUGCCAAAGAAAGAUAUCGACAGCUCAUAGAUACAGCCAGUCGUUUUGAAUGCGAAUGUCGUAUCUAUCGUUAUAAUAGGCAGUGCGACCUAUGUUCAAUUCUAAAACAGGCAAACAAUAUUCAAGUGCACAUUUACGAAUGUCCCGUACCAUCCAGUCAUGAGAGUUCAUUGGCGGUUAUUUUUGAAUUACAGAUGCCCAUUGAAAUGAGAUGUUAUCGAGAUAUUGUUUGGCAAUUUAUCAAUCGUCUUCAUUCACAACCGCAGAAUAAUAUGUAUGAAUGGUUAAAAGUUCCUCCUCAUGCUGGGAAGCUGAAUCCAUUCUAUUCUGGGCCAACUAAUUGCAAAGUAAAAUUAGUAUCCUCUACUAAAUCUAUAACGCAAACUCAUUAUUCAACUCCACCGUCAAUCACAUCUACACCUGUAGAAGAGUUCUUGUACGAAAAUAGUCUACUAGUUCAAAUCUCUCCAACUAAACCGAUUAAAUUCGAGAGUGAAUGUUGUAUGCUAACACCUCAACUGAAUCAUCCAGAUUACAAACAUCUACAAUUUACGAUUAGCAACACACAAUUCGUACAGAAUAGUGUGAUCGCUCAAUUAUCAAAUUGUCCACUACGAAUGAAACCUGCGCAACAUGUGGAAUUCGGUUCAUUUCGUUCAGGUCAUCGUUUACAAUGGUGGAAUCUUUUGUCCGUUUUAGAAAUGGAAUCCUUAGCCAUCGAUGAAGAAAGCGUCGUAAUAUUGAUUGCACAUUCACUAUGGCAAUAUGGUCCAGUGACAGCGCAUGGCAAUACGCUUGUUAGUUCAUGGUGUCCAGAAUCCCAUCAACAAUUAUUAGAAGAUCAUUUUGUCGAUGAAUUGAUCUUGAGAUUGAAUCGUCGUUUAGAUAAUUGUGAAUUUAAUUGGCAAAACGAAUUGCUCUUAGUAGUCAUUACGAUAAUAACAAUGAGAAUAUUGGUCAUUUGUAAUUCGACACAAGAAAGUCAGCUUGCCGUUCUGGCUUUGCGAUGUCGUCAAGUUGGUGAAAAAUGGAUUGAACUCAUUUCGGAAAGUAUUCAAACUAUAUUAACCAAUCUUGAUCAAGUAGGAAUUCUACGUGACAAAAUAGCAAUUAUUAGUCUUGCCUGUCUAUUCACAUUUUCAGUCGAAUCAGAUCGCAUUCGCUCCGUAUUAUCAUCGAAUGAACAUGUCGUCUCGUUACUCAAAGCAACCACUACUAUUCAUGAUAAUAUGAUUCUGAACAAGAAUCAAACGAAUAUGAGUGUUUUCAUGAGAGAUAUGAUGCGAAUGCGUGAACGUGUGUUAGUAAGGAUACAGCCAUCAGUAGCCUUAUUCAUUGAAAAAACAUCAUAUCGAAGUUUGAAUGAAUUUUCUGCGAUCUACUGGGCAAUGAUCCGAAGCAAAAGUACGAUGAAUGCAAAAUGGAAGAAGCGAAAGUUAGAUUUUUAUGAUGGUUGGUAUGAUGGUCAAUAUGAAACGGCGAUGAUAUCAAUUGAUUGCAUCAGUGGAACAUUUUUAGUCAAUGGUAUGACUAUUGGAUUUUUACCGGAAAAAAUUACUUCAAAUCCAUUAUUUGUUCGUGUAUUUGACCAUCACAUCUUUGAAGUACAAGCGACUCAGUCCCACAAUACUUACAUUACGAAGCAUGCGUAUCAUGGCAAUGGAAGAGUCCGAUAUGAAUUCCAUUUCGAUGAUCGAACUCAGUGCUUGACAAUUCAUGAAUGGCACAUCGAAACAAACGAAAAGUUUGAACUGAUUUCUCAUACUUACUUUGAGAAGGAAUUACCAGAUGCGUUCGUCUCCAAUCACAGUCAUUGGAGGAAUACAAAAACGCAACAAAUCGUAUUUCGACCUGUUCAUUUUAAAGAUAGCGAUUUUUUAGAGAACAAACCCUACGUAUUAACAAUGGAAACUGGGUUUAUUACCACUACUGAGACUGUUCAAGCACAGAUUCUAGUUAAUCGAUCAUCAGAAUUCUUCAAAAAUUUGUUUAGGCAAUACUUUAUUCGUCUUGAUGAUGAGCCCUAUGUCUAUAUGUUGAGAGAGGAUGCUUCACAUAUCAUUCAGCAAUUUCAAUCAUCGCAACCAAAUACCACUGUUCACAUCCAUUUAUCUCGUUUAGGAAUUGCCUUCACAUACGAUGCUCAGCAGAAUAUCAUCACAUCUCGUGAAUAUUCUGACAUGUGUAUUGAUGAAGAUCAAUGGUUAGGAACAUUAAGUGGUUUACAAUCUGGUCUCCUCUUAUCAUCACUGUCAGCAAUCCAUCAAAGACGAGGACACUAUAACUGUCGAAAAUGGAUCGUACCCUAUGGGAAAAUUCAUCCCCAUCGAGCAAAAGAUAAAAGUCAAAUCGGGAUUAUACAACGAGCACCACCAUCGACACCAUUUGUUCGUAAAUAUUUUGUUUUUAUUUUGAAUGAUCGAUUACGUAUUCUUCAAUCGACUGAUAGUCCAACAGGAUGGCUCUAUUUAGCAUUGUUACAUGCUAUGACAUCUCAUCCUCUACCGGAUCAAUAUACUGGAAUGACUGGAAUGGAACGUUCCUUUCAAUUAUUAAAUUCGGCCGGCUGUUGGGCUGAUCAACCUUUUGAUUCACUUUCUCUAGAUAUUCUUCGUCAAAUUGCGACCAUUUCGCCAAAAGCGAAUUAUUAUCCAACACAUCUCACUUGUAUGGAAAAAGUGGAUUGGAAUUCGCAUUGUUUACCUUAUUCCAUGCAACAUUUUGGUUAUUAUUUGAUAGUGAAAAAGUUAAUCGAUACGAGUCAGCAACUGAAUUUCAUGCAUCCAUCAUCCUCGACGUCCAGUGAAACGUCGGAAUGGCUUUUAAGCCAUCAAUACAAUGAAAAAUUAUUAGCAAAACUGUAUUUGGAUUAUCGAGAUUCAUACAAUCCUACAGUUCGAUUAUCCGCACAGAUGGAAGCAGAGUUCCUGUGCACAAGUCUAGCUAAACCAUACCAACCGAUUCGGGAAAGUUGUUCGUAUGAAACGAACUACAGUCCUAUUCGUCUUGUGGAUUCUUUGUAUCGCAGUGGAAAUGUAGAUCUGAAAGAUAUUUCGAACCUGAAUUGUUUUCCUUUGUCCCGAUGGGUAACUAAUGAAUAUCAACUAAAAAAUAUUUGGAUUGGCUUAUUGAAAUUCGCUUACCAGCUUAAAACAGGAAAAGUUGACAAUCGUCGGAUCGAAAUGAAACGAUUUGAAAUGCUGUUAGAUUUUCUUCAUUACAUCUCUGCCAAAUGUUCCAUCAAACCGUUUUAUUUGCAAAUGCUGAAGACCGUAUUGAAAGUAUCAACCAUACCAUUGGGAGCUAUCUCAUAUCCUCCAUUUGUUCAAUAUGAAAAUAUCGAGGAAAUUUCAGUUCAACCGGAACGCAUCAAAUUUCCACGAAAACUUGCUCGUUCUAAUCAACCCAAAGCUCUAGCAGAAGUCGAAGAUUGUUUUGCUAAAAAUUCUAUCUAUCAAAAUCAGAGUUUCCCGGAGAGGGGCAUCGACACGUUUGCAAUCAACAGGUUAUUAAAAUCUUGGCGAUCAAACAGUGAACUACGUUCAUUUUUAGAAAAUGUUCAAAGUCAGUUCUGUUCGGCUACAAUAGAGCAGUUAAAUAUCAAAGUACCAGUUGAUACUCAACAGUUUGCAGUCGAAUUAUUUCAAGAUCACUAUCAAAUACAACUUACUUCGAAAGAUAAAUCUAUCGAUCAAAAGUUGCUUGAGAGUGCAGCACAAAAAUUUCUGCAUCCUCAUUCAGGCUAUUUUAUCAAACCAACAGUAUCUAUUCAAACUAUAAAUCAGCGGAAAGCAUUUCCCGACGAAAUUUUUCCUUCCAAAAGUUCUCUCAGUGAUAUUGCCAAUCAUUUUAAGAAUCAGUUAACUGAAAGUUGGGAGAAGCUUCUAUCGUCUGAAGAAUACCGAAAAGAAUAUCCCUCCAUUAAGGAAAUCAACACAUUUCUGAAUUUUGUUCGCCAAGAAUCUAUACAAUUCUGGAAUGAAUUGGUGAAAUCCGUCACAUUACCCAAUAAACUGUUAUUCAAAACAGGUAUGGUAUUACGAAUCAUACCGACAACUCUUAUAUCUGUCUUUCAACAAAUAUGGUUAAAUGAAGAACAACAACAACUCGAUGGAUCGGAUUUCUCGUCCUUAGGAGUGGUAGUUAAGGCCCGAAAAUCGCCACCGUUGUUCUUGACAAUUAAGCAACGUACACUACUUGGUGGCACCAUGGUCAAUUGGAUUGUAGAACAGCAAAUUGAGAGAGCUUUGCAUUUUGCCAGCCACAAGAAAUGGGAAGAUUUUGAAAAAGAAAUAUCGAAUGUACCUCAUGUGAAUUGGACACCAUCCAAGCAUGUUCCAUGGCUAAUCAUGGAACUCGAAAUGAAUAUUACGAUUCGAAAAAUACAAACUGAAGUCGCACGCCAUAUGAUACAGCCAAAGAUGAUCAAAAACAACUCUACAAUACAAAACACUGUUAUGCAAAUGAAUAUGGGCGAAGGCAAAACUUCGGUCAUUUUACCGAUGUUAGCGCUCAGCUUAAGUUCGUCGUCUUCGAGUUUAGUUCGUGUUAUUGUACUGAAAUCAUUAUUUCCAGUGAAUUAUCAAUCGUUACGAUACAAAUUAGGUGGUCUUCUGAAUCGACGUGUACUAUCAUUUGCUUGUCGCCGCGAUAUGAAUUUCAGCGAUGCUCAAGUCAAUCAAAUCUUCGAUCGUCUCAAACAAGGAUUAAGCAAUUUCGAUGUAGUACUAACUUCACCAGAAGAUAUUCUAUCGUUUGAUUUGCUCACAAUAGACAAAUGUCGACGAAAUGAAUUUGAUAUUGGUCGUUCGAUGUUGUCAGUUCAACGUUGGUUAAAAAUAUUCGCUCGUGAUGUUUUGGAUGAAUCAGAUGAAAUUUUACACGUUAAAUAUCAAUUGAUUUAUACGGUUGGUGGUCAACAACAAAUCGAUGGAGGUUUGGAACGUUGGAAGACCAUUCAAUCGGUACUGAACUUAGUUAAACAACAUGCUGCAAACAUCGCACAACAGUACAGCAAUGAAGUUUCCUAUAAACCAUCGCGACACAAGAGUCGUUAUCCACGAUUUCGUUUACUAUCCAAUCUGCCGUUUCCAUUCUUGUGUAGAAAAAUAGCUCAUGAUUGGCUCAAUGAAAAACAUUAUCGCCAAGUAGAUCAACAACUCAUCUCGGAUUUUAUUUUAGAAACGAACUCAUCAAUCGAUUGUCUAAUCAAUCGAUUUCCACACAAUGCUAUUCAGCUAUUUCUCAUUCUCCGUGGUUUGUUAUCAUCCGAAGUUCUGUUAGUUGCUUUCAAGAAGCGAUAUCGAGUGAAUUUUGGUGUGAAUCCAAAUCCGUCUUUUGAUCGUUUCAUGGCCGUACCAUUUCGUGCGAAGGAUGUGCCUGCCGAUAAAACUGAAUUCGGUCAUGUUGAUGUGGCCAUUGUAUUAACACAGCUCUCGUAUUAUUAUUCUGGUUUAAAUGAUUCACAAAUACUGCAGUGUUUCAAUCUUUUGAGUGAAGAAGAACGUGAUCCUGAAUCGAUUUAUGAAGAAUGGAUUUCGAACGACGACGAAGAUAAAAUCCAUGCAAGUAUUAAACAAUGGAAAGGUAUCAAUUUAAAAGAUUAUCGACAACGAACCCGCUAUCUCUUUCCGACUCUACGAUAUAAUAUGUUUAUCAUCAACUAUUUUCUCAAUCAUUUUGUAUUUCCUCGAGAAGUAAGACAGUUUCCUCAUAAAUUGGUUUCCUCCGCUUGGGAUUUAUCCUCACCAUCACGAUCGAAAAUUAUAACUGGAUUCAGUGGUACCAAUGAUACACAAUUGAUACUACCUAUUCAUAUCUGUCAGUAUGAUUUACCCGAGCUUCGAAAAACCGAUGCAAUCGUCGUCAAUAAUCUUUUAAGGCCAGAAAAUGAAAAUUAUCAAUUUUUACCAAUUAAUGCAACCACGAGCGAUAUCUUAACAGAAAUUGUAAAUUAUAAAUCAAGUAUUCAGGUUAUUUUAGAUGUUGGUGCACUGUUGGUCGAUAGAACAAAUUGUGAAAUAGCUGUCAAAUGGUUAAAUAUGUCCGAUAAAACCAAGAUCGAUUAUGCAGUUUACUUCGAAUCGGAUUCAAUUGUUGCUUGUGAUCGUCAAUUCCAUCGUCAUUUAUUUUUAACAUCUCCUGCUAGUGAACGACUCGAUCGUUCUGUGGUUUAUUUAGAUGAAAUUCAUACGAGAGGAACUGACUUCAAAUUUCCGAAUGGAUUUCGGGCUGCUGUAACGUUAGGAAGUGGUUUAACGAAGGAUCGUUUAGUUCAAGCCUGUAUGAGGAUGCGAAAAUUAGGACAUGAUCAUUCAUUGUCAUUUUGGAGUUCGAAUGAAGUUCAUCAACAAAUUCGAACGCUGAAAAAAGAUUCAGGUCGGAAAAAAAACCAAGAAAGAAAUACCAGCAAUCAAAACGAUCGAAUUAGUCUGACUGAUAUUCUUCGUUGGGUCUAUGAGAAUACUCAAUGGGCGACUUGGGAUGGAUUUCAUCACUGGGCUACACAAAGUUUAAGUUUUCAACGAAAAGUCGCUGCAUUUCGAAACAUACAGUGGCAGAAUCUUCAACAAUCGUUUACGAAUACGAUGAUGCAAGAGUUGGCUAGAGAAUGUUUGGAACCUGAAAUAAUUGAAUUAAAACGAAUGUAUGGCGCGUCUAAAAAAAUGCAAACAGUAUCUGCUAUUUAUUUAGCUCGAUAUCGACAGUCGAAUAUCUGUUCAUCAGUAGAAAUUCACAACAAUGUAUCAAAGCAAUUAUGCAAUUAUAGUGGAUCAGAAAAACGUCUAGCACAAUUGUUAGAUGAAGAGCAAGAACGAGAAUUAGAACAAGAAUUGGAAGAAGAACAGCAACAUGUGCGUCCUCCAUCGGUUAGUCCCUGUAAACCGAUUCUACACAACGAAAUUAAGAGAUUCUGUGACACACACGAUGCGAAAAUGAAUUUAAAUCAAUUGACAUCUGUAUUUCGUCCCUUAGCACAUGCUUUCAUGGACACUACAUUGUUCCAAGACUGUCAACCGAACAGUUGGCAACGAAAUCUCUGGAUAUCUACAGAACUUCAGCGCGUUAUUCAGACCGAAGGAGAAUCAUUAGAUCCAUUUCUACGUCCACCCCGAUGGAUUGUGAUCUAUCGCGGUGAAGAUAUUAUUUUUGUGAGCGCAUUUGAAGCCAAUUGGUUGAUAGGUCGCUUAAAUAGCCUUUAUCAUCAGCAAAAGUCUAAUCGCUCAUUAACCACAACAUUACGCUUAUUGUUACCUCGUACGAAGCGAAAUCAAUCGAUUUUUAUCAAUACACCAACUCUAACGAUUCCUCCAUCAAUCGUGCCUUCGAAGGACCCUAUUUUUAUUACCAUACCAGUGGAGCGAUUGGCUGAAUUAUUUAUAUUUAACGGCACACUUUAUUUCGAAACUGUUCACGAGCAAAAAGCUUAUUGCGAGUUUUUAGGUAUCUGUCCGAAACCCCGAACAUCGAUCGAAGAAGAUGCUUUUGAAAAAGGGUGGGUUGCUGUCGAUGGAUUUGUGACGAAACCGAAACAUCGUUGUCAUUUACACAUUGCUCAGUGUCGUUUCACGUCUAGUCCACUGAAAUUCGUGAAACAAUUAGUUGAAAAUCGAAAUAAUUCACAUGCACCUCUCAUGUCCCAUGUUGGGAAAGCAGAUGGCGGUGGUGAAAUAAUUGAAACAAGUGCAUAUAAUUUUACAUUCAACAAAGGAAUUGAUUAUAUAGCGGCAAUAAGAGGUGGUACAUUACCAAGGCAUAUUCAAGACUUUUAUGCAAAAACUGCUGAAAUAUAUCCAAGAUAUUGUGCUUUAUUGCAAUUGUAUCGAAAUUCAAUGGCCGUAUUGGAACAAAUAAAAGAUAAUAUUAAUUUCGACGAUGGUUAUCGUGUGGGUCGUGUUAUUGAUCGUGCGUUCAUCGAUUUAGUUCAGUUGCACAUUGAACAAAUGUUUUAUUCAAACUCGGAAUUAAAUGACAAGAAUAUGCCGAUUUUAUAUAUUGAAAAAUCAACCUGUGUCGAUGCCUGGUUGUGGUAUGACUAUUUAUUUAGUACAUCACUGGGAUUAUUUAAUUUGGAUGAAGAUAAAAUCAAUCGUUUUCUAACAGAAAAGCAAUGUAUUCAAAACGAAAAAAUAGUAGAAGGAAUAAAAGGAAAAUUACUAUUAUUAUUUCCGUAUAAUUUAUUCACAAAAACAAUAUUGACGAAUAACGAUCCAUCAACCAAUAAAAACGGUCCAUUUCACAAUAAUUAUCAUUUGGCUGAUACGGCGUUGAAUAAAUUAAUUGGCGAUGGCUUAAUACAACAAUACAGAUGGCUGAUGAAUGGACAUAAAAAAACAAGAAUAUCCUAUAUGAAAACAAUUGUACCACAAAGUCAAGCAGAACGUGAUAAUUUUGAAUAA